CUCCAAUUCACCAACAUGUUCCAAUCUAUAAUUCUCAAUGGUGUAUUUAUGAUUUUUGGAGCUGCAGCCAUUCCGACGGUCAACCUCGCGAAUCAAGGGAAUCAUUGGGUGCCUGAUUGUGCUACUGUCAGUGAAGGCUCUUUCUUACCGGACCCGUUUGAUUGUAACAAAUUUUGGAUUUGUACAAAUGAUGGGCCAAAGCAGGGGACUUGCCCUCCAGGAUUGGAAUUCAACCCAACUAUUGCAGGGUGUGAUUUUCCACACAAUUUCGUUUGCACUCCAGAAGCCACCAGUACUCCAAUUGUAACUGUAACCAUAACACCUACCACAGUAACUACCAGGCCAACCACUACUCCAACGCCGACCACCACCAUGACUCCAACCACGACUGUAACCACAACCACAACACCAACAACAAGGCCCACCACUACUCCAACGCCGACCACCACCAUGACUCCAACCACGACUGUAACCACAACCACAACACCAACAACAAGGCCAACCACAAGGCCAACCACUACUCCAACGCCGACCAUAACCAUGACUCCAACCACGACUGUAACCUCAACCACAACACCGACAACAACGCCAACUACAAGGCCAACCACUACUCCAACGCCUACCACAACCAUGACUCAAACCACGACUGUAAGCACAAGCACAACGCCAACUACUACUUCAAUGCCAACAACAACGGGCACAAGCACGACACCCUCUGGAUGCCCUGAGAGUUUUCCACUGGUCCUUGGACCUUCUUGUUACUUCUUUUCACCUCCUGAACAAUUCCUAAGUUGGGGAACCGCCAAGAGCAUUUGUCUGCAAAGAGGUGGUCAGUUGGCGGAAAUAGUGGAUCAAACAGAUGAAAAUGCUAUCGACUCAUACAUAAGAGCCAACUUUGACGUACUUAAUACCGAUUAUCGAUGGUGGUUAGGAGGGAAUGACAUUGAUAAUGAAGGAUCCUGGAUCUGGGAAACCACUCGCGUUCCCAUCUCGUAUUCCGCAUGGUUCUCUGACCAGCCAGAUGAUGACAAAGGCCGAGAAGAUUGUUUGAUCAUUAGAAAAGAGGGCCGAAAUGAAGAUCUCAUUUUUGGUUGGGAUGAUCGGGAUUGCUCGGAUAACCAUUCAUACAUUUGUCAAUUCAGACUUUAAAGAGAGGUGUUGUUAUAUUUAGAGUUUAUUCUGCA